AUGCUCAGCCUCACAGAAUUGAUACGAGAGAUCCCUACUACAGAGGAAGACUCUCCCGAAGACAUCUUUGCCUCGGCUCCCGGCUUCCUCUUCACAGACGACCUGCGCAACCAACACGGCGACCCGGGCUCCAUAAUCGUCUACAAGUCCGACCGCUUUGGCGACCUCUCCUUGACAACUGCCGACCCCAACGGCGAGGAAGAACGAACGCUAUUCAGUCACUACCUCUGGAAUGCCGGCAUCUUGAUGGCCGAGCGCGUCAGUGGCCAGCGAUUGCUCAACGACCAAGAAAAGAAGCAAUGGAGUGUACAAAACCACUCGGUGCUCGAACUCGGUGCAGUUGGCAUCACCAGCACUCUUGCCGGCGCAAACGACGUGUGUAUUACAGACUACCCAGCUCAAGUGGUUCUCGACAACCUUUCCCGCAAUGUAAAGCACAAUCUACCAGAAGCACUGGCCUCCAAAGCAACAGUCCAAGGCCACGCAUGGGGCGACUUCUCCUCUGCCUUUGCCGUCUCCCACGCACGCAAAUUCAGCCGCGUGCUAGCAGCAGAUUGCUUCUGGAUGCCCUGGGAACACGAAAACUUGGCCGCGUCAAUGUUGCACUUUCUCUCUGAUUCGCCGGAUGCGCGAGUCUUGGCUAUUGGCGGUUUUCAUACUGGACGAGCAAAGCUGGCGGCUUUCUUUGAUGUAGCUGCUGAGAAGGGACUCGAGGUACAGGAGAUCUACGAGGAAGACGCUGAAGGUGUUAGAAGAGAGUGGGUCAAGGAAAAAGAUGGAGGAAGAGAGAAUGUUACGGAGCGGAAGAAGUGGCUUACUAUUGCCAUCUUGCGGCAUGUAAAG